AGAAGAAGAAGAACUCCACAACAUUCAUUUUUUAAUUUCUAUUCCUUUUUACUUAAAGAAGAUUAGUACAUUGCAUCAUUUUUAAAAUGAUACAAACGGUGAAUAAACUUCUGUGUACUAUCAAAGUCUGUCCUUCGGCUAUGUACAAAGUUCUAUCCGCAAUCUAUUGCAGCAAAGGAAUCACAAAGCACGCGGGUCACAUAACAGUUCUUCAAACAAUCGACGAAACCGGAAGCAGAAAUGUACCCGUCCAAACAAAUAAAAAUUCAUCCGUUUUGGAUCCUCCGACAGAUGUUUCUGAUACUAGUAUACAUCCGUUUAUUAGACCUAGUUUCAACUUCGCAGCCUACGUGAACAAGUCGGAAACGUUGCAGUUUUUAGUGAAACAGGGAGUAGAUCUCCACAAACUUGAAAAACGAAAAGGAAUACCGGAAUUUAUUCUAGGGUUAGAUGUCGAAAAGGACAUGAAGGAUCAUAUCAAGUUUCUUGCGGAGAUUGGAGUGAAACCAGAAGAUUUCGGAGAAAUAAUUACAAAAAAUCCGUUGAUAUUUAAAGAAGACAUCGGCGAUCUGGAAGUCAGGGUAAACUAUCUUGAAUCUAAACAAUUUCAACCGAUGCAGAUAACUAGAAUAGUUUCCAAAAACCCUUUUUGGCUUAUGCUGAGUACUCGUCGAAUAGACAGAAGAUUGGGAUAUUUCCAAAAAACCUUUGCUCUUACUGGAAGUGAAAUUCGACUUUUAACGACCAAACAACCUCGAGUGAUAACGUUCAACCUCGAGCAUAUAAGAUUGAACACUUUUAAUAUCAAAGAAGAGAUGGGUUUCAAGCCCGAAGAAAUGAAGCAGCUGUUACUCCGAAAACCCAAAUUGUGGAUGAUAAGCCAUGGAAACCUUAACAGUCGAUUCGAUUUCGUUCACAGACAUAUGCAAAUUUCGCAUGAAGAUAUUUUGAGCUUUCCUGAAAUCUUGCUGUCGAGAGAUUACAGGCUUAAACAACGCCACGGUUUCCUCACGUUUCUUGGUAAAGCACAAUACAAUCCUAGGAAGGAACUUUACAUAUCUUUAAAAACAUUAGUGGAAGGUUCGGAUGAGGAAUUCGUUCUAGACGUAGCCAAGUCAAGUAUGGAGUGUUACAACAAUUAUCUGAAGACGCUGUAAAGAAAUUUUUAAUUCAAAAGUGUAUUAAGCUAAAUUAAGUCAGAUCUUUUGUCAUUAGUUGUAUAUAUUAGUCUAGAUGUAAAUCAAACAUCAUUAGCUGUGUUUACCGAGCUCGAUUUUCCGUUUCAACGCGUGAAUGGAAGUGAAUAACAGUGAAUCGAUAAUACCAGCAACUGUAAAUAUGCCUCCAAUAAUAGCGCAUAGAUUGAUGGCGAAAUGACUGAAAGAGCUAAAAAGAGGAAGAUAAUAUUUGACAUUAAUUAGCCACAGUGAAAUAAAUUAAAAAGAAUUUUUCUAA